UGCUUCCUGUAUUUUUUUUCUUUCAUAUUUUCAGUUGUUGCCUUUUUUUUGCCUCUCUCUCUCUCUGUCUCCCUCUCUCUCACUCUCUCUCUCUCUCUCUCUCUUGGCGGUGGGGGGGAAGGAGGGCCUCGCAUGAAAAGCAGCAGAAGGGAAGGCAGUGCAGGAGCAGCCUGUGGAGACAGGGACAGACUGUGUGUGUGUGUGUCCACCUCCAUCACACUCAAACACACACACACACACACAUCCUCCAGUUGUGGAUUUAUUAGUGUUACCAAAGAAGCUGGAGGGCCUUGUGCUGUCCUCGUCCUCAGCAGCAGCAGCAGCAGCAGCGUCAGGGACACACACGCUCCUCGUCCACUCCUGAGUUCGGGGCACUAAGAAAUGAACAAAAUGAAGAACUUCAAGCGCCGUUUCUCGCUGUCCGUGCCAAGAACAGAGACGAUAGAGGAGAAUGAGUUCACCGAGCAGAUAAACCAACUCAACAUCCAGCGCAAUGAGGAUCUGGUGCCGAACAGCCUGGGCCUGCACGCUCUACACCCGUCGCCCAGUCCACUGGCCUCCGACCAUCAGGCUCCAUCUCCCACCCAGCUGCACUACCACAGCAAAGUCCAGCACCGCCGCUUCUCCAUGGAGGAUGUCAGUAAGCAAAUGUCUCUGCCCAUGGACAUUCGUUUGCCCCCGGAGUUUCUGAAGAAGUUGCAGUUGGAGAGCCCAGAAUCAUGCAAACCACUUAGCCGCAUGUCCAGACGAGCCUCACUGUCCGACAUCGGUUUCGGGAAACUGGAGACCUACGUGAAACUGGGCAAACUGGGAGAGGGCACUUAUGCUACAGUAUUCAAGGGGCGCAGCAAGCUGACAGAAAACCUGGUGGCCCUGAAAGAGAUCCGGCUUGAGCAUGAAGAAGGAGCCCCUUGCACUGCCAUCAGGGAAGUUUCGCUGCUGAAAAACCUGAAACACGCCAAUAUCGUGACUCUGCAUGACAUCAUCCACACCGACCGCUGCCUCACUCUGGUCUUCGAAUAUUUGGACAGCGACUUGAAGCAGUACCUAGACAACUGUGGAAACCUCAUGAGCAUGCACAACGUGAAGAUAUUUAUGUUCCAGCUUCUGCGUGGUUUAUCUUAUUGUCAUAAGAGAAAGAUUCUACACAGGGACCUCAAGCCGCAGAAUCUGCUCAUCAACGAGAAGGGAGAACUGAAGCUAGCUGACUUUGGUCUGGCAAGAGCAAAAUCUGUGCCAACGAAAACCUACUCCAAUGAGGUGGUGACUUUGUGGUACCGGCCUCCAGAUGUCCUGCUGGGUUCCACAGAGUACUCGACUCCCAUAGACAUGUGGGGCGUAGGGUGUAUUUUGUACGAAUUGGCUACGGGACGGCCCAUGUUCCCAGGCUCGACUGUCAAAGAGGAGCUGCACCUGGUUUUUCGCCUCAUGGGAACCCCGACUGAAGAGACCUGGCCCGGGAUUACAGCGAAUGAGGAGUUCAAGUCAUACCUUUUCCCCCUGUACAGAGCUCAGGCUCUAAUAAACCACGUUCCCAGACUGGACACCGAGGGCAUCGAUCUUCUCUCCGCUCUUCUGCUGUACGACACCAAAAAAAGGAUCUCAGCCGAGGCGUCUCUGAGACACGCGUACUUCCUCAGUCUGGGGGAGAACAUUCACUCCUUACCAGACACUUCGUCAGUGUUCUCGCUAAAGGAGGUGCAGCUCCAGAAGGACCCUGGCCACCGGAGCUCAGUCUUUCAUCCAGGUCGGGGAAAGAAUCGUAGGCAGAGUAUAUUCUAACAGCUGAUAUAUGGAGGAGGAACAUCAUCACCACGAAGCGAAUGGCUGUAAAUCUAAGCAAACUGCCAAGCUGUAUCCCAAAACCUCCUCACACCAACACACACUGGAAAUUUGAGAUUUUCACACACACACACACACACACACACACAGCUGACUUAAGCCAAUUCUAUUCACUGCUGUUUUAUUGAAUUUGACAAAAUUACACAAUUACAUCUGAGCAGCUAUUUCCCGCUGUGCUUUCUCAACACUCGUAUCUGGAUCUGAAAAAAAUUUUAUUUAUGGCCCAUGCUCAUGUUUAACUUAUGAAAGGAAUAAUAAUUCUCUUGAGAAGUGACUGGAUCAUAUAUAUGAUCAUUACAAAAUAUAUAAAACAACGACUGCAGUAUUGUACUCCAAAAGUAUUUAAAGGACAAAUCCACCCUGAACAACGUACAUAUUCAUCUCUAUAAUUAACAUGUGAUCUUCACCUGCAUCCCAGAUUAAUUUUAUAAUGAAAUUCUGAGGUUUUUUCUAUUUACACUUCUAUUAACAUCUUUCAUCAACAUAUCGGUCUAUUUUUACAUUGGUUAAUGGUUUACUAUAUAACCCACAAUGCUGUUAUACCUGCUGAUAAUGGUGUAGCAGGAUUUAGCCCACGCUUCUUCUCUACAUAAAGAGAGCGAUGCAGCGGUGCUUUAGUGCUUUAGUCCUUUAGUUUGUCCAGCUCUCUCACUUCCUCAUCUAUACAGUCUGCUCAAAAACUUCAAAACUUCAAUUUUCAUGCUAAACAACACCAUCACGCUCGCCUUCUCACAGAUCGCUAACUAGCUGAGCCGAGUUUCUACCAUAACUCAGCGUCGUAUAACUGCAUUGCAUUCUGGGACCACGUUUGCACCAAUGUCUAACACUGCUUCUACACCAGAUUUCUCAUUAAUAUGAUGUUGAGUGUCACUGGAAAUUGGUGAGUGAGAAAGAGAAGUUGUUUUGUUUUUAGGGAUCACUCAUGUUUGAGAUCGGUGAAAUCACAUCAGAGUGGCACACAACCGCUAACUUCUCACUGGAAUAAUGAAAAUCAAAUUAGCACCAGAAUCACUAAACACAUCACAAAUAUUUCAAUAUAGACAUAUUAAACAUGUCUCAGGUGGAGUUUUCCUUUAAAUCUAUAAAAAAAAAUGGAAUAGGCAGCACAAAAAGAGGACCUGGUAUUAAACACGUUUUAAUGACAUGGUCAUAAGUGAGCUGAAAAGUCUGUCACAGUUAUACAGGGGCGGAAAAAUGCAGAAAAAAAAGUGGUAUCGUGUCAAAAUGGACCCAAUUAAAAGUGGACACAACUCAACGAAAGUUAAAAAGUGUCCACGCUGAAAUGUACUUAAAGAUCUAAAAGUUCAAGUUAAAUGAUGAUAUUGCACGUCAGGACUUUUUGCUUUUCAACAUGAUCUCCCUCUUUCAAAUUCAUAAAAAAUCUGCAGGACUCGCAUCACGUUUCAAUUCAAUUCACGUUACAAAUGUUAAAGUCGAGGUUAGAGGCGGACUUUGGGGCGGGGCUAGCCUUCACUCCUUUCCUUACAGCUUUAUUUGUUUGUAGUCAUUCUACAUGUUUGAAUUCAUAUAAAUUUGUUCUGUAAUCAAGUAUAAAUGAAUAACACAUGACAGGUUGUGCUGUUAUAGGAAGCUAAUCAACAGCAGGCUGAUGUGAAAAAGCAAAGUUACCACAGCGAUUUGAGAACGAUUAGAUUUUUUAAAAUUUAUUAAUUACCAUGUCACACUUUUUAUCUAUUUAUAGUUACAUUUAGUAUUUUGUUUCUCUCUUUUGAAGUUAGUAAGAAAAAACACAGCUUGUCAUGUUACCAAAAAACCGCAACUGACUUACUGACCGUUACAAAGCACUGACACUGGAGACUCCUUCCAUUUAUAUAUACAUAUAUAUAUAUAUAUAUAUAUAUAUAUAUAUAUAUAUAUAUAUAUAUAUAUAAAUAACCACAUUUUAAAUCCAUUUAAUAUUCAGAUUACGGAGCAUCCAUCAUACAAGUCCCUGUGUAUGAGCUGUUACUAUAGAAAUGGCAACGUAUUAGAACGAACGCAUUAAUACAAAUCUUCUGACCAAUCAGAUUUAAGAAUUCGGCAGCGCUAUGGUAUACGUAAUUUUGAUGAGCGAGUGAAACUGAUAGGUCGUCUUUGAUGAUUGAGUAGAUGAUUGUCUGUCGUUUCCACACAAAUCAGUAGCCUGUGGGAUUUGAUUGGAUGUUAAAAAGCACAGAGCGUGUUGAAAGUCUGCACUUUUAACAUAACGCUAAAAUUCAGACAUUACAGUAAAGCCACUUCUUGAGACACAGGGUUGUGAGUAGUCUGUAGUAUUAAUGAACACUGUCACUUUUGUGCGUUUACCUCAGAGAUGAAAAUGUUCUUCGAAGCAUCUAAAGGUGCCUUGUACAAAUCAAUUACGAUGAUGGGUCCAUUUUUUUUAUUAUUAUUAUUACUAUUAUUACUUUAAUAGCUAUUUUAAUACUGUUAUACGUUAGAGAUAUUGCUCUUGAUCAAUAAUUGCACAUGAUUUAUUGCUUGGUAUGAUGAAUUGCUCUACUGUGUUUGCACAUGGCAUCCAAGUGUCCUAAAUUUUGUCUUUGCCUGCUCUUUUCUUUGUGACUCAAUAUUUCCCUUAAAAAAAGCACUAUAUAUUUCUAGUCAAAGCCAUCAAGUACAGAGAAUCAUAGUGACGUUGUGGUUUUUGAAUUUUAGUACACGAAAAAUCAUUGAAAGUACAGGAAGAGGAAGGGAAAGAGUGACAAAGAGCAUGGCUGUGUUCCAGUACUGGCCCUCAUCACUUCCUCUCACGAUUUCUCCUCGAUCCGUUCCAGUACCUUAUUACCUGAAGUGAAAUUUGUUAGACGAGCUCUCGGAUGCCGGAGAGAUCAAAUCAACACGAGAGUCAACACGAUUUCUUUCCCACAAAACCCCGGAAAAAAGGCAAUAAGAUAAUAAUUUCUAUUUGAUUUGCUGCUGAAAUUGGGUUUUAUAUAGCCAAGUACUCGAUCUAUAUCACACAUCACAAUAGUUUCUGGUGAUAGCUGUGGCCGAAAAAACACAGUGAAAGUGCAGCUAUGGCAGAUAAAAUGUACCCUAUGCUGGAAAAAACAUGAUAAAGUGCCCUCUAUAUGCAAGAAAUUACAGUGAUAAGGCCUCUAUGAUAAUGUGCCCUUAUGUGCGAGAAAAAAACAAUGAAAUGCCCUCUAUAGUGCACUUUACGGUGCACACCCAGUGGGGAAAAUGAGAUGCCCUAUAGGCUACAUGUAACAAAAUGACACAAAGUGCCCUAUAGAUUUACAUUUCAUUUCCAGCAUUUGGUAGAUGCCCUUAUCCAGAGUCACUUAUGUUUAUCUCAUUAAUACAACAGAGCUGUUGAGGGUUAAGGGCCUUGCUCAAGGGCCCAGCAGUGGCAGCUUGAACUCACAACCUUCAGGUCAGUAGUCCAGCUUCUUAACCACUGAGCUACCACUACCACUAAACUUCUGGGUGCCCCUAAAUAUGACAAGAUGAGCUGAAGUGCCCUGUAGGCUCCUCUACAUGAAGGAAAAUGAGAUGAAGUGCCCUAUAGGCUCCUCUACAUGCAGGAAAAUGAGAUGACGUGCCUUAUAGGCUCCUCUACAUGCAGGAAAAUGAGAUGAAGUUCGCUAUAGGCUCCUCUACAUGCAGGAAAAUGAGAUGAAGUGCCCUAUAGGCUCCUCUACAUGCAGGAAAAUGAGAUGAAGUGCCCUAUAGGCUCCUCUACAUGCAGGAAAAUGAGAUGAAGUGCCCUAUAGGCUCCUCUACAUGAAGGAAAAUGAGAUGAAGUGCCCUAUAGGCUCCUCUACAUGCAGGAAAAUGAGAUGACAUGCCCUAUAGGCUCCUCUACAUGAAGGAAAAUGAGAUGAAGUGCCCUAUAGGCUCCUCUACAUGCAGGAAAAUGAGAUGAAGUGCCCUGUAGGCUCCUCUACAUGAAGGAAAAUGAGAUGAAGUUCCCUAUAGGCUCCUCUACAUGCAGGAAAAUGAGAUGAAGUGCCCUGUAGGCUCCUCUACAUGAAGGAAAAUGAGAUGAAGUUCCCUAUAGGCUCCUCUACUUGCAAGAAAAUGAGAUGAAGUGCCCUAUAGGCUCCUCUACAUGCAGGAAAAUGAGCUUAAGUGCCCUAUAGGCUCCUCUACAUGAAGGAAAAUGAGAUGAAGUGCCCUAUAGGCUCCUCUACAUGCAGGAAAAUGAGAUGACAUGCCCUAUAGGCUCCUCUACAUGAAGGAAAAUGAGAUGAAGUGCCCUAUAGGCUCCUCUACAUGCAGGAAAAUGAGAUGAAGUGCCCUAUAGGCUCCUCUACAUGCAGGAAAAUGAGCUUAAGUGCCCUAUAGGCUCCUCUACAUGCAGGAAAAUGAGAUGACGUGCCCUAUAGGCUCCUCUACAUGCAGGAAAAUGAGAUGACGUGCCCUAUAGGCUCCUCUACAUGCAGGAAAAUGAGAUGACAUGCCCUAUAGGCUCCUCUACAUGUGAUAAAAUGAGAUUAAUUCUGUGAUGUCGGUGAUGUAGUCUCUUCCUGAGGGGAAGUCAAUGAGGGUUUGUACUGUACUGGAAAACAGGAGGGUGAGGGAGGGAGAGAGAGAGAGAGAGAGAGAGAGAGAGAGAGAGAGAGAGAGAGAAUACAGGAUUACAGGUUGUAUACUUUUAGACCCUUCACUCCUUUAUAGCAGCAGAAAAUCUCCUCUAUGUGUGUUUUUGUGGUAAAAUAGAAAAUUUUCAAUAAUAUAUUGGACAGAAUUAAUAUAUGUCUUUUAACAAGUGUUUUCCUUCUUCUCAGUGAAUAUUUUGCCAGGAAAUUGACUGUAUUAAAUAAAUUUAGAUUAUGUCUACAUGUUUUAUAAAUUAAAAAAGAGAAAGAUUUAGAUUUUUGUAUGAAAUGUGAUAUUCAAUAUUUUGUGUGAUGUUUAUUCUAUUUCAAUAUCCUGAAGCUGAAUGUAUUGUGAUUGCUGAAGAAGCCAAAAGUGAUUAAAUAAAUUAAGAACUAAAUAAAUUAUAAAGCUCAA